AUGGAGGGUUGGAAAAAAGUAGAGGAAUUAGGAACAGGGUCAUUCGGCUCUGUUUUCCUGGCCUGCGAUUCUUCACAAUCAAUUAAGGUGGCCGUGAAAACUGCACAUUCUGAUUCCCAAUCUUCAGUACUAAUAAAAGAAGGCAAAUUCUUGCGCCAAUUGAAUGGGAUUCCCAACAUCGUUAGGUGUUUUGGGAAUGAUAUCAGCAUUGAAGAUAACCAGGCAGUUUACAGUCUUCUCCUUGAAUAUGCAGAGGGAGGAAAUCUUCAUGAAUUGAUAAAUGACAGAUUCAAUAAAGGGCAAAGAAUCCCGGAAACCCAAAUUGCACAUUAUGCAAGCAUGUCGCUUAAAGGGCUUGCCCAGAUUCACUCUCAGGGGAUUGUCCAUUGCGACUUGAAACCGGCUAACAUCCUUGUGUUUCUGGACUGUAAUGGAUUAAACCAACUUAAAAUUGGAGAUUUUGGGAGUGCGAGAAGGAUCUCACAGAAUGAAGAAGAGAUUUGGGUUUCGGAUUCGGAUGAUGGAAGUGGAGGAACAGAAAGUCUCAGCAGGACAACUCUGCUUUAUGCUUCACCAGAAUCAGUGGCUUCUGGGCUACAUGAGACUAGUACAGAUAUAUGGUCUUUUGGGUGUGUUGUUGCUGAGAUGAUAACUGGGGAAUCUAUCUGGGAUUAUGAAGACGAGAUGGAUUUGAUUAAUGAGAUAUUACAUGGGACUAUUGUUGAUAGAUUACCGCAAAAUUUUCCGGACAAUGGAGUUGAUUUCUUGAAUAGGUGUUUGUUGAGAUGUCCAGAAGAAAGGUGGUCUGCAUUGGAGUUAUUGGAUCAUCCUUUUAUCAUGGACAACUUGAAAAUCAUGUCUGAAAUUCACAAUGUGGAUGUGCUGAACCGGUUAGAGGAGAAACAGAAGAAGAACUACUCUCAGAUCAAUCCUUUUGGAAUGUCUGAGUGGGUUUCAACUAAACAUCUUUUCACGCCCAAAUGGAUGAUUGAGGCUCUUGAAAAGCAAGAUGAUGAUGAUGAAGUUGAGGCUCCAGUAAAACAAGAUGAUGGACUUCUUCUUCUGACAAAAUCAAACCCAAGAGGCUUCAGAAAGUGCAUCUCUUUCAUUUUGGGGAGAAUGAAGAAGUGCAAGAGUAGAAUAAGUAGCAAAUCUGUGUAG